AUGGGCUUCAAGACUUUCCUCAACAAGUUGGUCAAGGGCCAGGACGAGCUCAAGAUCCCGCAUACUACUAGCCAUGAUGUUGGCAUCACGGACUCUCAGCACGCAGACUCUGCUGACAGGCGCUACCCUAUCCCCCUGAGAAUGCAUUUUAUCACAAAGGGAGCGACUGCCACAUGCAAGCUCACCACAGAGCUAGCCGCGGGGACGACGUUGACUGCGUCGGCACCCAUCGAGACAUCGCAGCUUUGCCGACAGCUGUGGGAGGCGGCCCUCUUUCAACUAGGUGGUCAAGAUCGGCCGUUGUCGGCCAGGCGGGCUUUGCAAACAAUAAGAGCAAGAUCCUCAAGUUUCGAUAGCAUUCCUGUGGCACCGUGA